GCGGCGGCGGCGUUGUUGGAGCGUUCACACACACACAUUCCCUCUUGGCCUGCAUUCACUCGCGUUUGGUUCUUUGACCGCUCUCCAGCCUGACCGUUUGGAAAGGUCGCGCUAGCGCGUCCCAGCUCUGAGCUUACUCGCGAGCUCCCUCCAGGCUCCCUCCGUCGACUUCAUCCUCCUCUCCGCACCCGCCCACAACCCUCUCCUCCCCCCAAACAUCCACCUGCUCGUCGUGCCGAACCCGCUGCCCGCCCGGAGCCGUGCCUGAAGCUCGUCGUCUUCAGCGUCUCGGCCUCCAAGUCGCCCGACUUUCACGCUCAGUCCACUGCUCACUCCCAUACGUCACCGCCUACACGCUGCAACCAUGGCGACCACUGUUCCUGUAACGAUGGAUACCUUGAUCACCAUCAAGAUCUCCAUACAGGGCACCAACAAGAAGUUCAAGCUCCCCAUGAGAGACUUGGGCGCUAACGUCCUCCCCGCAAAGCUCCGCCAACUCCUCAACAUCCCCCCGACCCAGGAGGUCAUCUUCGAGCGUUUCUCCGACAGCGCCGGCGCUUACAUCACCCUCGAUGCCGAGAACCCCCAGGUCUACAAGACCUUAUUCCGUGCCGCCAAGGCGAAGCUCAAGCUCCGUCUGAGGGCUACGGUCGUGUCCGAUGGUGACGAGAAGGCCUCGCCGGCUCCUUCUGCGCCGCAGGCCUCUAACCAGUCUGCAGCACCCGUUCCGUUGCCACUGCGGACCGCUCCGGUCGUUCCGCCUCCUCCCCAGUAUCAAACUAAGCCUCAGGCUGCAACCCAGCCGAGCCCUGUGAACACUGGCACCAUCCCCUUGCACCCAUACGCCAGGCAUCCGGCUUUCCUCAAGACCAACAUGAGGCCUCCUAUGAGUCCCUACUCCGUGAAGCCGCAGGAGGCGGAGAAGCCGGUGGAUACGGAGGGAGAGGCCCCUGUGCCUCGGACCUUCACUUCAUUCAAGGAAGGUGGAAACUCGUCGCGUGAGGACCUCCUCAACCGUAUCGCCGACAUGAAGCGUAAGCGCGACCCUCGUGCUUUCCUCGAGAAGUAUAUUCCUGCGCCCGAGCCGCCUUGCUCCUGGUCCGUGUACUGCAACGCUUGCGACAAGCCCAUGGCGAACGAGCACUUCCAUUGCAGCAUCUGCGAUGGUGGCGACUAUGACCUCUGUGAGGACUGCGUAACUGCAGGCCAUCACUGCCCUGGCGAAGGCCACUGGCUCAUCAAGCGCUUUGUCAAGAGCGGCAAGGUCAUCAACAGCACGACUGAGCGGAUUGGUCCCAAGACCAAGCCCGAGCCCGAGAAGGAGAUGCCUGGUGCAUUUGCUGACGAGAAGAAGACUGACGAGUACGAUGACUCUGAGCAGCCCACUCGCACCUGCAACUGCUGUGUUCAAGUUCUCCCCGAGGAUGACUUUGUCACUUGCGUGAAUUGCGAUGACUACGAUCUCUGCUUGUCAUGCCACGUUGGAACCCAGCAUGGUCACCACCCUGGCCAUGCUUUCAAGCCUGCUACGACGGAAGCUGUCAUGGGUCCCCUUGCUACGUACCUCUGCGCCCCCGGUCGCAACGUUCGCCAUGCCGCUGUUUGCGAUGGCUGUGACACGCACAUCUACGGUGUCCGCCACAAAUGCUUGAACUGCCCUGACUGGGACUUCUGCUCUCAGUGCGUCAAGGAGGCCGGCGUCAAGCACCCCGGACACCGCUUCGUGCCCAUCUACGAGCCUCUUCCUGAGCCUCGCAUGAGCGUUGUUCGCCACUUCGGCAUCUACUGCGACGGUCCGCUGUGCAACGACAGGAUGGACCAGUCUUACAUCGAAGGCGUUCGCUACAAGUGCGCUAUCUGCGACGACACUGACUUCUGCGCCAAUUGCGAAUCUCACCCUAGCAACCGUCACAACCGUACUCACCCGGUCAUCAAAUUCAAGACCCCGGUCAGGAAGGUCAGUGUAACCACUGUUGGUGAAGACAAGCAGGGUUCCCCCAUGCCUUACCUGGGCGAUAUCAAGAGGGCGAGCUCUACUCUCGCCGAGUCAAAGCCUGCGACACCGACCAAUGCUGCCAGUCAGGUCCGCACUAUUGUUGAUGUCAAGCCCAUCGAGGAUCUGUCGGCCAAAUCACUGAAGGAGAAAAUCCAAAUCAAGGAUCUCCUUGCCGAACCUAUCAACGAGAAGAUCAAGGUUGAGAAUCUUCUCACGCCGUCUGCUCCGGCGAAUGCUCUUGCCGAGGAAGCUCCGGCUGAGAUCUCGUCUUCUGAGCUCAAUGCUCACUUCGUUAGCGAUGAAAUCUGUGAUGGCACGAAGGUGCUUGCUGGUGAGCGCUUUUUGCAAUGCUGGGUCUUGCGCAACCCAGGCCCUCAUGCCUGGCCUGCUGGAUGCAGUGUCAGAUACGUCGGCGGAGACAACAUGCUCAACGUCAACAAUGACCACCCAUUCAGCGCCACUGACAUCGCAGAGGCGACUGAGAGCAAUGUCCUUGGCUGCCGUGUUGAAGUUGGCGAGGAAGUUUGCUUCCGCGUCCGGAUGAAGGCGCCUGCCCGUGAGGGUGUUGCGAUCUCUUACUGGCGUCUCAAGGCCGCCGAUGGCACUCCUUUCGGUCACAGGCUGUGGUGCCACGUUGAGGUCGCCAAACCUUCUCCCCAGGCUUUUGAGUACCAGAAGCAGCUCAAGAUGCUCCAGGAGAGACAGGAGCACUCAAUGGCGAUCCAGAAGUUCAGCGAGCGGGUCAGUGACCUCCGCCGCAACAUCGGUGAAACUCAGUCCGACAUGAAGGCCGAACUCCUCGCUGCUGCCAGGCAGUCUACCGAGAGCCGUGUCCAGUUGCUCGAGAACCUUCGCGAGCACAUGAAGCAGAUGACUACCUUGGCAACCAUCCCCAGGCCCCCUAAGCCGACUGUGGAGGAUGCUUCUGACAACGAGUCUUCUGGUGUCACCAUCAAGAAGGAGCCCGAAAUUGAGGAGGCUGAGGAGCCCAAGGAGAUCAACAAGGCUAACGAGACCAAGGACGCCGAUAAGACCGCCGACGUCAAGGAGGAGCCUACCGCUGAGAGUAGCCAGAUGGUCUUCCCUGUACUUGAUAAGGAGUCUCCUCAGUCCAGCACUCACGAGGCCAUUACUGCGCCGACUAGCGAGGGCACGAAGACGGAGAGCGUCUCUGCUCCUUCAGCUACAGCUCCGUCCGUCGGUGACGAGCUCGAGAUUUUCGAGGACGCUGACACCGUCGACCUUCUCUCCGAGAGUGAAGACGGCUUCUUCACUGAUGAGGAGUACGACGUCCUUGACGCCAGCGACGAGGAGUCUAUCCAUUAGUGGCUGCGGCUCCGCUGUUAACUGCAUUGAUGGAGGUGGGCACGGGACUUCAUUGUUACAUGAGCCAGGCUCGCCUCUUAGCUUGUUGUUUUUCCUCUCUUUAUCUCAAUCACGCUUUAACAACUCGGCGCCUCUGGAAUGGAACGGGCGCUGGGAUGGACUUGGAAUGGUAGGCCCUACCUUCGACGGUGGCGCCUUGCACAGGCACGCUCUUUCGAAUGAUGGAAAACAAAUGGGUCGGACAAUGGAUAUGGGCUUCAAGGGGUUGUUGAGCGCAACGGAUUCUUCUUUUUCCCUUGACAUGGUUUUCUUCUUCUUCCUUUCCCUUACGAGAAUGAUUAGGUAGCUUUUGAAUUGAAAUUGCAAAGUCAUUAGGUACGCUGGCGACG